GACUCGUGAUUUAAAUCGUAUGUCCGCGCCCACGUCCGCACCUCGCACCGCUGCCAGUGCGAUUCGAUGCAACGUGGGUUGCAUUCGUGUGUUGCACAUCGUAUGCAUAAAAAAUAAGGAAAAAAAAUCUGUGAUAAUCCAAUAUGAAUAGUGUUAUGAAUGAUUCUGACAGCGAGGAUGAACUGCCGCCCGGGUGGGAGGAACGCACGACUCUCGAUGGAAAUGUUUAUUACGUAAACCAUUAUACCAAAGGUUCCCAGUGGACGCAUCCCCGAACCGGCCGCAAAAAAACUGUCGAAGGAGAAUUACCAUCUGGUUGGGAAAAGUGCAUUUCUGAAGAUGGAAAGGUGAUAUUUGUCGACCAUAUGCAUCGAACAACUACAUACACCGAUCCUCGUUUGGCUUUUGCCACCGAGUACAGAGAAGCGUCACAGCCAGUUAGACAACGCUUUGAUGGAAGCAGUACAGCUCUGGCUGUUCUUCAUGGCAGAGAUUUGCGAAAAAAAUUGGCUCUUGUUACAGGAGCUAAUACGGGUAUAGGUUUUGAAACUGCUAGAUCUCUUGCGUUCCAUGGUUGCAAAGUAAUACUAGCUUGCAGAGAUAUCAAAAAAGCUGAAGAAGCGGUGGAAAGAAUACAAAACGAAAGGGACAAUACAUCGUGUGAUACAUUGCAGCUGGAUUUGUCUUCUCUCCACAGUGUUAAGGAAGCAGCUGAGAAAUUUAAACAAAAGUACAGGACACUGAACAUUCUCAUAUUGAACGCCGGAGUGUUCGCAUUGCCUUAUACCCUCACGGACGAUGGAUAUGAAAUGACGUUUCAAGUGAACCAUUUAUCUCAUUAUUAUCUCACGUUAUUGUUGGAAAAUCCAUUGCGAAGUUGUCGGAAUUCUAGGAUUGUAGUACUUGCUAGCGAAUCUCACAGAUUUUCAUCUCUGCAAUGUCCUGAAGAUAUUCACCCUUUAACUCUUUCGCCACCGGCUCAUAGAUAUUGGUCGAUGGGUGCAUACAACAAUUCAAAAUUGUGCAAUGUUCUCUUUGCUCAUGAAUUGGCGAAAUGUUGGCCAUCGGUUAGCGUAUUUAGUUGUCAUCCAGGAAACAUGGUUUCUUCGGACCUUUCCCGAUACUCUUGGAUGUAUCGUUUUCUAUUUUCACUCGUUCGACCCUUCACUAAAUCGUUGCAACAAGCAGCAAGUACACCAGUAUUUUGCGCGACAGCACCAGAACUGCAGGGAGCAACAGGAAUCUAUUUCAAUAAUUGCUAUCGCUGCGACCCAUCUAGCAUCUCUCAAGAUCCGGCAAUGGCUGCACGUCUCUGGACAGUUAGUCAAGAGAUGAUAAUCAACGUAGUAAAAAGAGACAAACUUUGGUAUGAUUUAGCGUUGAAGUAAAAUAAUAUAAGUUUUUAUAUUACAAAUAAUGAAACUACGAAACGUAAUUCUGCACAAAAACUUCAGCCUCGAUAAGUUUUGAGAAACGAUUCAAGGAUGAAGAAGAUAAAUGUAAAUUGUAAAUUCUAAUUAUCAUUGUAUAUUUUUCAUUACACUGUACAUAAUAUUUGUGAAAAGAAAAAGUAAAUUAACUCGCAUAAAAUUCUUUGAGAUAAUCA